AUGGAUUUGCUGCAGCUUGUUGUCUGUGUAGGUUUCCCUUACAUUGGCAGCAUCGUAGGCUCCUCUGUAAUUGCAAAAAACUUGGAAUGGUACAAGACGCUGACCAAACCAGAAUUCACUCCUCCAGCUUGGGUUUUUGGUCCGAUUUGGGGUAUCAUCUACGGGUCAAUUGGCCUCGCCUCCUUCUUUUUUCUGCACGAAGCAAAGUCUGACGCCAACCUUGUACUACCGCUUGCUACCUACUUUGUUCAUUUAUUGCUUAACUGGUCAUGGCCGUAUGUUUUCUUUGGGUUGCACAAAUUAAAGUCUUCAGUGGGGAUAAUUAUUGCCACUACAAUUUGUGCAGCACUAUCUGCCAUUCUGUUCCAUGACAUAAGUGCUGCUGCUGCUUACAUGAUGAUGCCCUGCGUGUUUUUCACGGUGUUUGCCUCCUACCUCAACAUUGGUACCACAGUUCUCAACCAGAGGAGGUUCAUACACAAUUGA